AUGAUGAUCGUGGCCAACCUCGCGUUCUUGUUGGUGCUCCAGUUGACCUGGGACGUCCUGUGGGCCCACCCCUUGACGGUGCCCAAGCUGUUUGCCGCCUCCAACCUCUCUGCUGAUACCGUCCACACCGACAGAGACGCCUUGUUUGCGUUGAUCAACUCCACCGCCAACAAGCAGGUGUUUUCCCAGUUGAAGUACUCGUCUUCUGCCUACUACGAUCUCGACGCCAACAUCGUGGGCUCCGCGGAGUUCGCCCCCAACAACCAGUACCAGCGCCAGCCUUACGUCGCCAACGGGUACAUUGGCGCCAGGAUCCCCAACUUGGGCCAGGGGUUCACCUACGACCAGUUAUCUACCGACGCCGACGCAACUGACGCUGACUUGCUCAAUGGAUGGCCGUUGUACAACAAGAGAUACGCAGGUGCGUUCAUCGCAGGCUUCUACGACAUCCAGGCCAAUACUACCGAAACAAACUUUCCGGAGUUGGAGAAGAAUGGCUACGAGAGUAUCAUAGCAGCCGUGCCCCAGUGGACUGCCUUGGAAUUGUCCACCACCGUGGACGGUGUCAACUAUACGCUUAACCCAGCCUUGGAAUCCCACCUCCAGGGCUCCAUCUCCAACUACGCCCAGAACUUAUCGCUUUCUGAUGGUAUCGUCUCUACCGAAUUCACCUGGUUGGAUAGUGUUCAGGUCAAGAUUGAAAUCUUGGCCCAUAGACACCACGUCAACCUAGGCGUGGUACACUUGGAACUCGCCAAUAUCGGUUCUUCCGCGCUCGACAUCAAGGUCAGAGAUGUGUUGGACUUUGCGACUGCUCAAAGAUCCCAGCUUGCCUCAGUCGAUCAUGACCAGGAUGGAAUCUACAUCACCUUCCAACCCAACGAAAUCGACUAUGUCAACGGAGCAAUUUACUCCACCUUGCUUUCAGACCACCCACCAAACUUCGAGCAAGCUACCAACGGUACCGUGGCCCAAUCGCUUGACAUUCAAUUGCAACCAGGCUCAACUUUCAAGGUCACCAAGUACGCUGGAAUAGUAUCCUCCGAUUUGGACCCAGCUAACCUCAAGUCCGAGAAGGAUGUCUUGUCCUUGGCUAGAAGAGUUUCUCAAUCCUUCACCGACAUAAAGGAAGUGUUUGAAACCCACAAGACGGCAUGGGCUCAAACAUUGGAGUCCACUCCUGCUGUGACAUUCCCCAAUGAUCUCCUCUUGACCAUUGCAGCAAGGGCUUCCAUUUACCAUUUGGCUGCCAAUACAAGAACAGAUGCCGAGGGUGUUACUGCUGCUUUGCCUGUGGUGGGUUUGAGUUCGGAUAGUUACGGUGGAAUGGUGUUCUGGGACACUGACUUGUGGAUGUUCAACGGAUUGCUUCCAUUUCUCCCAUCUCAUGCCAAGAGCUUGAUAAACUACAGAAUCCACACCCACGAACAAGCAAAGAAGAAUGUCCCUGCAGGAUACGAAGGUGCUGCAUAUCCCUGGACCAGUGGUAGAUUUGGAAACUGUACAUCAACAGGACCAUGCGUUGACUACGAGUACCAUAUCAACAUGGCAGUCGCAUCUUCUGCAUGGAACUUGUACUUGAGUGGUGAAGUUGGUGAGGAUUUCCUCGAAUCUGUCGCCUACCCAUUAAUCAAGGAUGCUGCAACUUUCUUCUCUGAGUAUGUGGUCAAACUCGAUGAAUCUACCGGCAAAUAUGUUACCCACAACUUGACUGAUCCUGAUGAAUAUGCCAACCAUGUGGAUAAUGGUGCAUACACAAAUGCAGGCAUUUCUUUGGUGAUGAAGUGGGCAAUUGAUGUCUCCAAUCAUUUAGGUAAAGAGGUACCAAGCCAGUUUAUGGACAUCAGCGACAAUGUCUUGAUGCCAACCUCCAAUAACUCUGACCAGAUAACCUUGGAAUAUUCUGGCAUGAAUGCUACUGUUGGUAUUAAGCAAGCAGAUGUGAUAAUGGUUAAUUACCCUCUCGAGAAUGAAUUGAUCACUCCUGAACAAGCGUUAAAAAAUAUGGAGUUCUAUUCUAAGAAGCAAGUUAGUUACGGCCCAGCCAUGACUUUUCCUAUCUUCUCUAUUGUUGCUUCCAACGUUUCUCCAUCAGGAUGUGCUUCCCAAUCUUACUUAAGAAAGGCCGUUCAACCUUUCUUGAGAGGACCUUUUGCGCAAUUUUCUGAGCAGAAUAACGACGACUUCUUGACAAAUGGUGGUACACAUCCUGCAUUUCCUUUCAUGACAGCCCAUGGUGGUUUUCUCCAAGCUAUUAUGCAAGGUUUGACCGGUUUAAGGUACGAUUUUGCUGUUAAACACAAUAAAAUUCAAAGGGUUUUGAAGUUAGACCCUAUUGCGAUUCCAUGUCUUGGCGGUGGCGUGUUCUACGAUGGUAUCCACUUUGACAACCACACCUUGACCAUGUCGAUCAAUGAAACCUAUUUCACUGUGAAAAACAAUGGACCCGCAAAUGAAUUCGCUUCCGAAUCUAUUGAGAUUCGUGUUGGAGAAAGAAAUAAGGAGGCUGGCCAACAUACCUUGAAAAAUGGCGAAACCUUGACCAUUCCUAUUUUCACUCCUGGAGAAAGUUACAAAGCCAGUAUUACUGAAUGUGCCUUGUCAGAUUUUGUCAACAUUACUGCUGGUGCUUACGGUGAUGCUACUGUCCUGAUGAACGAUGGUGACAAUACUACCAACUGGCAAGUGGCAAGUAACACUUCUGUUGGAAAGGUUUUGAUUGACUUAAAGGAAUAUAAGAAUGUUACAAAGGGCUUUUUCAACUGGGGUGAUAAGCCUCCAAAGCAGGUCAAGUUGUCAGCUUACAAUUCUCUCCAUGAUUUACAAAAUACAACUGCAUUCUUAAGCAAGAUUGAUUUUGGCAACGAAGUUUACACUAACUACGCCUACGCCAAUCCUAGUGGAGAGUUAAUUAAGCAGGAAGAAGUGUUCGAAUCUUUUCUUGAAGAGAGCGUUGAUGUCACUGUCCCAUUCACCAUGGAUGACUUCUUAUCUCUUACCGUUCCUGUUGUUUUCAACACCACCACAUUUGAACUCCCUAACCCUGUGUUCACUAGAUUCGUUUUACUUGAACUUCAGGGCAUCCAUGAUACUGAGCCUAUAGAUCUAGAUACCAGUGGUGCUAAGGUUUACGAGGCUGUUCUUUACUGA